AUGCCAAAGGACUGGGCAAGCAUAAAGGAAGAGCUGGAGCAGCUCUACGUGACAGAAGGGCAAACGUUGGAACAAGUUAGGGAAACUUUGAUAUCGACUCGCGGAUUUGGUGCAAGUAUUCGCAUGUACCGAAUGAUGCUUCGCGAAUGGGGAAUCAAGAAAUACAAAUCAAAUAACAAAUGUGGCACCCGAUGUUCCCGAGAUCCACAAUCGACUUCCUCUGUUGAACCGGAACUUACUGAAGACGAUCUGAAAGAUGCCGAUUUCUUCCUAUUGUUGAACGAUAAUCAACCCCACCCGCAUAGCUUUACGGAUAUACUCAUGAAUGAAUAUCCUACUCAAUCUUGUAUUUGGAACAAUUCAGCACAUAACACUAAUCUGUUAUCGUCAUCAUCCGAUCCUCAAAGCUCUCUCGAGAAACCUCAACAUGGCUACUGCAACCCUUCGAUACCCUACAGUCCCGCGAGAGGUCGGGCUCCAGAAAUAUCCAUUCCUUCACGGCCCAUGAGACUCUCGGAGCUACUUCCUUUGAUCCAUACUUCAUAUCCUGCCGAACAUGUCUUCGAACCUUUGUUACAGAAAUGGCAAUCGGAUGGGGAAUAUAUGGCCUGUGCCAUUUCAUGGUUAGAUAAUCCUAAUCAUUGCAAGAACCUACUCGGCUCCUCUCUCACCGGCGGUAACUAUUUCAAAACUAUCGACGAAAACGUUCCUUUUCCAGAGCGUAUCACUUUGACCAAAGCGUUUCUUAAAGCUUCGAUUCUACACAACGUAUCGCCAUCACAGAGUAUCUGGAGUUUAAUUUGGGGUUCUACUAGAUACGUGGAUCAAUGGCAAACGGUGAAAGACAAUCUUGUGGAUGCGUCGUCUGGAUUUAUCGCAGAGCCAGGCUCGGUUUUCCAUCUCUGUGCUCUUGCUGUUAUGGGCGAAGAACUACUUCAGGACUAUAAGAAUCGACUCGAAGCAUUGAAGCCACUCACUAUCGCUAAAUUUGAUGAUGCAAAAUGUUUACGUAAACAAUACGUUGAGAUUCUGAAGGAUUUUCGCAAUCAGGAAGUCGAUGUUGAUAUAUCCUUUUACAAAUACUCGCUGGAAAUCCUUGAAUGGAAUGAAGCUCUAGCGGCUCAGGAGAAAAGCAAGAUUGAUCGAUUGCUGGUGAAGUAUAGAAGGUUGGUGGGCUUAUGGACAGGGAAUUCACCAUCUUGGAUCGAUGGUAGUGUCGACAGAAUGAUAGAGAACGCUGAGCGCAGAUGCCUAUCUGGAAAUGCUAUGUCAUCGCCUGGGCCAUCGUUUGCACCGGAAAUUGUUUAG